GACAUUUCCUUGAACAUAGUACAUAUAAACGUUAUGUUCUUAAAAAGGCAUUGAAAAUAUGGAAACAAUUAGGCAAUAAAUUUGUUGAAUCUGCUGAUAUAUUAACUAAUUGGUGGAUGUCCGUCGAACUUAAAAAGAAUGAAGACCACAUAAAGACCCUUGCUAUACGAAUACAUUCUAUUUCUCCUCAUAAUACCGCAUGUGAACUAAAAAAUGCUAAAUCUGAACUUAACUAUAUAGAUCAAAAUUUUCACAAAGAGAGUUUUUUAUCAAUUUUCAAUAAAAUUGCAAGCUCAAUAGAAAAUGGCACCAAUUUGUUUGAUAGUGAUUCUGUUUCUUUGGAAGAACUUGUUGAAGAUACGGAAGAUAUGGAAGAGUCUUCUGAGGAAAUAAAUGAUUUUGUUGGCAAAAAUUUAUUAAAUUUAAAAAUUGGAAAUUUAAUAUCAUUAUCUUUCAAGCUAGAGUUUAACGAACUAUUAAAUGAAGAAGUUGUGCAUGAUGAUAAAAACUUCAAUGUAAAUGAUUUGAUUAAUGACUCAGACUAA